GGGGUGGGGAAGCUGGUUAAAGGAGGCAGCUAUGUCUCUCUGAUCAGUCCGGACAAAAGGACCUUACAAUCAUCAUUGAGAAAAUGCAUCAAGAUGACGGCCCUGCGGAUAUAGAGAUGGAGAACAUCACAUUUCAAAUCAAAGGGACUUUUGCAAGUAUCACCCAGCUCAACAGUUGGAAAACGUACAUCUCCUCUACUCCAGGCGAUUAUCAGAAUUUCUUAAAACAAUUUCCUGUUAAGGUUGCAAAUGGAAUCUUCAAUCUGACGAUCUACCCGGAAACUACCUUCACCUUGACGACGUUGACGACCGGACAUAAAGGGGAACCCCCGAAACCCCCAGCUUCCGUCCCUUUUCCACUGUCAUAUGCGGAGGACUUUGAACAGUAUGAGGUGGGUGAAGAGCCCUACGUCCUGGCCCCACAGACUGGGUCAUUUGAGGUCAUGGACGUCGGAGGCACUCGUGGAAAGGUCAUGCGACAGAUGACCUUGCAGCGACCUGUGACCUGGUGUCAAGCAGAUUAUGUUGAGAUGGGCGUGGCCGUUAUUCAGACUGGCUCGGGCGAUGUCGUCCUUGACUGUGACAUUAAAGUGCAAUCCGGUGCGAAUGCUUCUAAGGGAGCCUUCAUCGCCGCUCGUCUGGACCAAGGAGGAUGCUGGUUGACAGAGACAAAGGGUGUCUUCUUCUUCAUUUUCCCCAGAGCAACAUAUUCAUGGUCACUACUGGAUUUGACCUGAAAACUGUCCUAGCAGCCGGAAAGAUGCUUGUGGACCUGGACUGGAACACACUGUCACUUACUGUUAGGGAUACUCAGGCGACAGGUUUCAUCAAUGGCAACAUGGUGUUCAAAAUUACUGUUCCAUCUGAUAUCAAAUAUGGCAUGGUGGCAGUAGGAUCGGGAUCGUAUGGUUAUGCAGACUUUGACAACUUGAAGCUAGAACUACCUAAUCUGUAGUUCACAUGAAUACAUAAAUGUAUACCAUCUGAAUAACAAGACACCACAUAGUGACACACUUUCAGACAGUUUCCUGUUACAUUGAAUGAACAUUAUGCCCAUGGACAAAUCGUAUUUUGUUAACAAUAUAAUGCUGUCAUGUCGCCCUUAGAAAUGAAUAAACAUGAUUUCCAUUCCUUCAUUAUGAGACAGAAUGGAUUUCUGGUGCAAUGAUAA